AUGCCGGAAUUCAAAAAUUUAAUCCCAGCCAACGGAGCCUGGAAACAAGAUAUUACCAAUUGGUUACAAGAAGACAUCCCUGCAUUUGAUUUCGGAGGCUAUGUAGUAGGUUCCAAUGAAAAGAAUGCUACGUUAUAUUGCAAGCAGCCCGGAAUUCUCGCUGGAGUGCCAUUUUUGGAAGAAGUUUUUAAUCAGUGUGGUUUAUCAUAUACUUGGUUGUAUGAGGAGGGUGAAUACUUGGAUCCAUCUGAAAGUUCAGAAGGUAAGCUUCCUGUAGCUGAUGUUAGAGGCGAAGCCAAAAACUUGUUAAUGGCAGAGAGAACCGCCUUAAAUAUAUUGAGUAGAUGUUCAGGAAUUGCAACUGCUUCUCAUAACAUCAUUACUUUGGCACGGAAAGCUGGUUACCAAGGCAUCAUAGCAGGUACCAGGAAGACAACACCAGGUCUUCGCAGAUUAGAGAAGUACUCGAUGUUGGUUGGUGGCUGUGAUAUGCAUAGAUAUGACUUGUCGUCGAUGGUUAUGCUAAAAGAUAACCACAUAUGGGCCACUGGUUCUAUUACUAAUGCAGUUCAGGAUGCAAGACAAGUUUGUGGGUUUUCAGUGAAAAUUGAAGUUGAAUGUCAAUCUGAAGCUGAGGCCGACGAGGCAAUCCAAGCAGGCGCUGAUAUAAUCAUGCUAGAUAACUUUAGUGGUGUUAGUAUAAGGUCCACUGCAAGAAGUUUGAAGCAGAAAUGGGCCGAUAAAAAGCAGUUCUUAUUAGAAUGCAGCGGAGGCCUCAAGAUAGACAAUCUGCCUGAAUAUUUAUGUAAUGAUAUUGACAUCUACAGCACAAGUAGUAUUCACCAAGGAACAGGUGUCCUUGAUUUCUCUCUCAAACUUAACCAUUAA